CCGAAUCCAGGCCCCGGGCGCGUCUGGGACUCGGACCUGCAUCCAUAAAACUGGCACCUCGUGCUGCACUUCGUCUAUUGGAUUUGAAGUUGCAUAGCAUUAGAUAACGUUGAUUGCCGCGUUUGGUUGGAAUUGGUUUCUUUUUGAAGUCAUUCGAGUCAUUCGGCGGCGAAGUGCGACGGUCUGAGCAGAAUCAGAAGGUUCUCAGGCGGUCGAACGAGUGAGGGAACAGAGCGCUACGUCAACAAGGCACCAUGAUGCACAUGACAUUCUACUGGGGUACAAUUGCGACGUUGCUAUUUGAUGAGUGGGUGACUAGGACACCGCUGCAGUACUAUCUCUCGCUUGUGGCGAUUGUAAUCUUUGCCAUAAUUCACGAAUGGCUUUUUAUGUUUCGGGUUUCUAUUGCCUCCAAGCAAAACGGUCCUCGAGCGGGUGGAUUAGAGAACAACGCCCCGCUUCUCGAGAAACUCCCUGCUCCUAAGAGUGGCGUCUGGGAUAUCAUUGUGGCACUUCUGUAUGGUGUCAAUGCUUCGACCGGUUAUCUUCUCAUGCUCUUGGUCAUGUCUUUCAAUGGAGGAGUUUUCAUCGCCGUUGUGGUCGGUUUGGUGAUAGGAUUUGCUCUCUUCAGGUCGAAAUCUGCCAGCGUAGACAUCAACAAGAUCUCCGACUCAUGCUGUGUUGGCUGAUUUCUGCCUUCAGAGUCCUUCCAGGUGGAUUUGAAAUUUGCAAGAUAGUUUUGCUUUAGAGGUACAUUCUGUAACAUAAGGGUUCUUUCCUCGUGUCUUAACAGCACAAGUCAUUCUAGGCAAACUCUUCGACCACCUCAGGGAGCAGAAGCUGGGCUCUGCUCCAUUUAUGCGGACACUGAUGUGGUUUUUGGAUUUACGUCCACAUAGUUUGUAAAUAAAAGUAUAAUCUGCCGCUAUACCUGCC